GUACUGUACAUGCAGACACCUUUUACUGUACAACGUGACUGAGAAUUACUGUUUCAAACUGGCGUGGGCUGGCGUGUGGGCUGUUGUUGGGUGAGGCCUCAUUGGGAUCUGACGGAGUUUGGGGGCUCGGUCGGGGUGGGACUGGUCGUUGCCUUCUGGUUGGCCUUAGUUGGGGUCGUUUGGUGGCCCGGACGCGUGUUGGUCAUCAGAGAUCGAUAUUUUACUUUGGCCCGAGCGGGCACGCCGAUCGAGGCUUAAUCAGUUGCUCUGGGUGUUCUGCUCAGUGGAGAAAUGAGUCGUUCGAGAGACAAAAGGAUUCUUCAGAUACACAGAGAUAUAUUGAGAGGGAUGGGCUCGCGUUGUUCGAUGCAGAGAGAGGCUUAGAGAGGCUGGAGGGUUUUGGGGAAAGUACUGAAGUGACUGAGCUCUGCAGGACACAGAGAGAUAUUGUGGGCUCGCGUUGUUCGAUGCAGAGAUAGGCUUAGAGAGGCUGGAGGGUUUUGGGGAAAGUACUGAAGUGACUGAGCUCUGCACAUCCAGACUGUUUUUCCUAUUCAUUUAGACUUAAUUUUCCUAUUCACCUGAUAGUUUACUGUGCGGAGUCAGAGAAGCAGGAAGUGGCUGGUUGUCUUUGUUUCUCUGUGGUGAUACAGACCCAUGAAUGAAUUGUGGGCCAUUCACGGAAACAGUAAUGAGUAGUUUGACUGGAUUGGAGGAUGCUGAGAGAAGGGGGGAAAAGUUGCUGCAAAUUGAAACUCAGUUCCACUCGCGUUGGUCACUGGGAGACUUUCCUCCAUAUGGUGCUUUCUGAGUGAUUCGAUUGCAUGUCAGAAUGCGGAGAGUGGAAGAGGGACGGAGGCCUGCUGAUGGAGACCAGUUUUUGAUUGAUUGCUUUCGUUUCAAAGACUGAAAGGAAAGGAAGGGUUGCUAUUUGCUAAUGGAGACUAAAUGCAUCCAAUAUUAUGCAUUUAAUUUUUCCCUUGCCUUUUCGUGUUCUAAAGGGGUUCUUGGGAAGCUGUGCAUCCUCAUAGAGAGGUAGAAAGGGGAUAGAUUCUCACGCUGUUUUAGGUGGUGGUGGUGGUCUUAUCGGCCUCUCCUUAUUUCUUUCAUUCCCGUAAAUUUGUUCUGGCGGAUGCAAUGCCCGUUCCCCUCUCUUUCUCUCUCACUUUUUUCCCUCUCUUUCUAUCCAACCUUUCUUUAUCUGCAAUGGUUUCUCACAUCUCAGUUUGGAAGAUGAGACGAUCUCGAAGCGAUCAAAUGGUGGAUUUGAGAGGACGAGAAAGAAGAAUUAAAGAAUGCCCAGAUACUCGGGUAAUAUUCUGGCUUCUUCCAUCUUUCUGUCGUUCAUGAUUUUGGUCAUUUUUUUCAUGGGUUCCUUCACAGUAAGGGUUUAUUUUGAUUACUUUUCAGCUGAGAUUCCUCAAGAUGAGGCAAACUGUGGGGAGUUGAUCGAUAUGCAGUUGUUAAGGAUGGUGUGGGCAACACCAGAGGUUUGGAGUUGCAGAAAGAGUCGUGGAAUUCGUGCGAGGUUUGCUUCUUAAUCCCCUUUUAUGUAUUUUUGCGUUUCUGUUAUUGGCGAAGCCUUGCCUUCCAUGCAGAUUCUAUUGUUACCUUUCGAUAACUAUGAUCUUUCUACAUUCUCCAAUCGCCAAUCGAUGGAAAUCUCUUUUCUCAUUCCCCAGCCAUAUCAGUUUCUUUAUUUUUAUUUGUCGAUAUUUUAUGAUUCGAACUUUUUGUGCAGUGUAUUUUGUCUAUGAGGCCCUCAACGUCAAGUUCUAGAACCUCCCAAAGUUGUAAAUAGAGGAUUCAGUUGGAGACCCUAAUCUACAAGUUCCGUUCUGGUUUCAGGUGGUUCUUCAUUCUCUCUCUGCAUCUUUCUUUCUCACUCUAGAUUGAAAUUGAAGGUUCUGUGUUUUGUCCUAUUUUUUUUCUUUCAGCCACACAAUAAGGAGUAGAGCUCUAGGUUGCUCAAUAGAUUUGAGAGGCACAGAGAGUGAUCACAGAAGAGGCAGAUCCACAGACUUGAGCUUAUUUGAGGUAAUCAUUGCUCUUACCGAGUUUUUUUUCUCAGUUAUCUUACUUGACGAUUUUCUCUUUCUUUCAUUCAUCUUAUGGAUUCAUUUUCUUCUUUAUGUGGGAGCAGUUAAGGAUUUCCCUGUGUUGUUGAGGGUGAAAAUUAAUCGAUGAGCCGAUUCAUUGCCCAUGAACUCAACCUUUCAGUGCUUAUGUUUCCUUAGCUUCCUCAGUUUGUCAAUCUCUUUCCUAAGAGAGUCGCUUUCUGUUUUCAAUUGUUCUUUGGUUGGUUAUGGGUUACAAUUCAUCGUCCAUGUCACAAGAAUUAGAUUUGAGCAAGGUGAUUAGGGGGCAUAUGUGAAUUUUAGCUUUAAUGGGUUCGCCCAACUUUCUUGAAUCUCGGCUUUUGAUUGAUUUUGGCGGUUCUGGAUUUGACUUUGCUCUUUUCAAGCUGGUUUUAUAGACACAAGAAGAUUUGGUUAGCUCACAAUCUCUUGGAGUGCGUCAUUAAUUGAUCGUGUUUUUACUUCUAAUAUAUAAAUGUCAGAUUCCUCAAUGAUUUGGAGUUAACAACAAUUUCUUUUUGUAUCUUUUGUUUCAGGAGGUUUAUGUUGACCUCAUAUACAACAAAGGUUAUUUCCCCAAUCUCAUUGACUCUGCUCUCUUUGAUACUCAAAUGAUAUUGCAAUGCCUACCAAGUCUGGUGUUGGCGAGCUUCUGUUUGGGACUUAAGAUAAUGUUCUUUUCCCUGCCAUUCUCAUUUUUUGGAUUCUGUAGUUUGCUCAUAGAAUCCUCUUUGCUCAUUAGCAUUUGAUGGUUCUUGAGGUUGUGCAAUUUUCUAAGGGUGUUUUAAGUAUUUUGUAAUCUGUCAUUAGUGAAAUGCAAAGUCGAACACCAAGUUUUGUUGUUUCUGUGUUUAUGCACCCAAUCCCAAUCAGAAUUGGGUGUUCCAGGAUGUAAGCUUUAGACCUUUAGUAUCUUUGAUAAUGCUAAAUACCAACUGAUUAAAUACAGCUGAGUUUAUGAGAUUACAAUGCUUUUACGGAGGUUGACGGCUAUAAAAGUUGUCUCCCAUACUAAAUUAAAUUCUAAGGAAAAGCCUCUACCAAUACAAUGGAAGUGUUUAUAGACUUGAGCUAAACUCCAACCUGCUAUUUAAUCACCAUAUAUUCCACAUAUGAAAACAAGUCCCGCCGCGGAGCGCUGGCUAUCAGACUCUAUGCAACUUGAUACAGAGGUACCUCAACUAUUUGCUGAAACUUACCCAACAGAAUUUUUGAAUGCUCUUCAGUUCAAUGGUGUUCCAGAUCAUGAAAUAAGACUUAAGGUUCACACUCCGAUCAUGUUGCUGAGAAAUUUGAGUCCACCAAACGGCCUGUGUAACGGUACGAGGAUAUUGAUUACGAAAUUGGGGGAAAAUAUCAUUGUUGGAAACAUCAUGGGAGGAUCUUUUGACACAAAAGAGGUUGUUAUACCACGAAUAGUACUCAACGUAGAAGACAUACGUUGGCCCUUUAUACUGAAGAGGAGGCAAUUCCCAGUACGGUUAUGUUAUGGGAUGACUAUAAAUAAGAGCCAAGGUCAGACGCUGGACAAGGUUGGAGUCUAUUUGCCCAAACCAGUAUUCAGUCAUGGACAGCUUUAUGUGGCAGCAUCAAGAGUAAGAUCUGCAAGUGGUUUGAGAUUCUUGAUUGAAAAUGAAGAGGACAUUCCAGCCAAUUACACGAGAAACAUUGUAUAUUCAGAAGCCUUCACAGAUAUUGCACCUGGUUAAUUUUGAAAGCAUCGAAGAAGCUCGAAGUGAUUAUUAUUAACUCUCCCAACUUUUUGAAUUUUACGCCUGGGGAAAUUUGUUCUUUCAGUUCUUGCGUUGUUCUUAACAAGAGACACGUUUUGUGUUUAUUAUUUCGAAACUCAAAGCUUGAAAGCAGUCAUGAGUUAUGAUCAGUUAACAUCGGUUCGGACUAUCCAGAGAGAACUUAUUAAGAAAAUCGAUGAGCCCAACUGAUACAACUUGACAGACAUUCAUCGCAGGAGCGUAUUGUAGCCUUUUCGAGAAAAGGCCCGAUUCAAUAGUUAGAACCCAUUGCAUACCAUACAGAGCCCAAACACGAUGUCAAGGCCCAAACAAUCGAUCCAAAAAGGACUUACCCUAAGUUAACCCUAGCUUACAUAAACUACCGAUUGUUUUUUAUGCCUUCUAAAAUCAACCGCGCAGUCAAGAUUAAAGACAAAAAAGGGAAACCAAGAUCUCGAAGAACUGCAAGCAUUCUUCUACCCAACAGAUUUACAGUUGUAUAGUACGACUGAUACGUGAGAUUCCGUGGACCCACACAAAAUGGACCCGAACGAACUGAAAGGUAAAUACAUUGAAUCUGGAAAGAAAUCUGACAAGCGCAUCUCGAUUCCUAUGCAAGUUUUUCCCAUUUAUUAUUUAUCGAUUCCUCUUUAAUCGGAUUGCAGAGUCUAUUGAAUCAAGCAUGUGCUUUCGGGGACUGCGUUUGGGAACAAACAAUCGAACCGUUAUAGCAAGACAUGUCGUUACAUGGACUGAGUUCCGAGAAGUGCCUUUAUCCACAUGGAAGAAAAGGACACAUCACAUGCUCUGGCUUGACAAAAAGGUAUGACUCCAGAUACCCAAACCAUAUUCAUAAAUAUUCGUCAGAGCAUUUGAUUCAGUGUUAGGACAAAAGAACUUGCCAAUAUACAAACCCUGGACAUCAAUUAACCUACUGCCAAAUGCUAAAAGAACAAAAACUCGAAGCACAAGUUGAAGAACAAAUUGAUCGAAGCACAAGUUGAAGAAGAAGAUGCAUCUGAGGUUUUUCAGAAAAUAAAGGUUGGUUGCCUGCAUGAACUACAAGAUAUUGUAGCAGGUCCAGCAAGGUCAGUGCAACGCGUUGUCCAUCGAGAGUUACGCCUGCUCCUCACUUCAGAUCAAAUUAGGAGACACAUUGAAGAAGGAAAUGGACCCCAACAAUUCCCAGCAGGAUCAUACACAGCAGCCGAUUUUUCCAUUGUGCCUCAACUAUCAGAGGACUUUGUCUGCCAUUCAGGUAAAUAUAUGUCUCUCUAUCCAUGAUUAAGAACACCAUUAAACAAAGCAUAACAAACAUGAAAUCUAUAGAUGUUACAGGAUGUGUUAGAAGACUAACUCAUCCAGAAACAAUUAAAGGAAGGAUUCAGAAAUUAGACCUGCUCAUACAAGAUGUCUGGUAUGCACUUAAGAUUGUACACUUUUUUUUACUUUGUCAAAAUGUAUAGUUAACGCAUUGGUUUGCAAUCAGUGGGGCAAAGGCUUAUGUUGAAUACAGUGGGCAUGACAUUGAUGAUUUUCAAAAGAAUGCUCCAGCAAUUGAGUCAAAGUUACCACUGAUUGUGACAAUCAGAUCAGUUAGUAGAGUAACCCCUAGACAUAACAGUAAGUAUCAGCAUGAAUUUCAAUCCACAAUUGCAAGCAAGCUCAUCAUCCAUUCUUAUCAGGACUGCUGCAAGGAUGUCAUGAACAUGUGAGUUGCUGUAUAUUGGUUUACCCAACUGAUUGGUUCAACUCCUAUCGAGUUAGUGAUACUUACACAUUUAUUUUCAACGUCUAGCUUUCUUGCAUGUCGCAAACCAGUAUACUUCAUCGAUGAUGCCACUUGCAAAAAAACUGGACACCUGCUGAGCAAUCAACUGCAAAAGAAAUC